AUGGCGUAUUUUGUCAACUGGGCGGGCAUGGAUCCAUCCCUCAUCCCUGCUGCCUCGCUCACACAUGUGUUCUACGCCUUUGCUUCCAUUGACGCCAGCACAUACCAGGUCGUCCCAUCCAACCCAGCUGUCGACGUGACUGAAGGUCUCUAUCUGCGCUUCAACUCCGCCCUGAAAGAUACCAACCCCGCCAUCAAGACCCUCCUCUCCAUCGGGGGCUAUUCCGCAGGCACAACCGCUUUCGUCAACGCCGCCUCCUCCCCCUCCUCUCGUUCCGCCUUCAUCCAAUCCGCGAUCACCCUCGCCCGAUCGUACAAUUUUGACGGUCUGGAUAUCGACUGGGAGUUCCCAACGGGCAACGCCGCCCUCUUCUCCGCCCUGCUAACGGAUUUCCGGGCGGCGAUCGAAUCCGAAGCCGCUUCGUCUGGGAAGCCCCAGCUCCUGCUCUCUGCAGCAGUUUCUGCCUACGAGCCGACAAUUGCUGAAUCCUACGACGUCCCGACACUCAACAGUGCGCUGGACUUUGUAAAUGUUAUGACGUACGAUCUGCAUGGUUCAUGGGAGUUAAUCACCGGCAUGCACACGGCUCUGGAGGAUCUGAGCAACCCCCAGCUGAGCCUCAAGGGUGCCAUGGCUGCCUGGGUGUCCCGAGGCUUGGCCCCGAGCAAGGCCAUGCUAGGCUUGGCGAUGUACGGCCGAACCUGGACUCUAGCCUCGGCAAGCAGUACUGGGGUUGGAGCUGCGGCCACUGGGCCUGGUCAGCCUGGGUCUAUCAGUCAGGAAGCUGGUGUUCUCUUUUACAGGGAAAUCGAUGAGCUGGUAACAACUGGAGGUUACACAGCUACACUCGACGCCCCAACAUCCUCUAUGUAUGCGGUAAAUGGUGACCAGUGGGUUGGUUACGACGACCCUUCCACCAUCACCACCAAGGUUCAAUCUGCCAAGGCGCAAGGCUAUGGAGGGUGGUUCUUCUGGGCACUGAGCCAGGAUGCGAACGAUGCUCUGCUCAAUGCUGCAGCCGCAGCGUCUCCCGUCGACCCCGCCAGUCCCCCGCCCCGUGGCAGUCCUGCGCAUCGCUCUUCAGACCUAUAUAUCGCAGCGGCCUCUCCAUUCCAACUCAUCCUCUCCUUUCGCUCCUGCUCCCCGCCGCCCUCAACCGGUCCCCCUCCGCCCACAAGCGGCUCCCCGACCCCCUCUACUGGGCUGAAGCGCAUGGCGUAUUUCGGCAGCUGGGGGAACAGGGCCGCCAUCCCCGCUGCCAAGCUCACCCAUGUCUUCUACGCCUUUGCUUCCAUCAACCCCACCACUUACAAGGUCGUCCCCAACACAGCAGUGGACGUCACUGGAGGCCUCUAUCAGCGGUUCAACACUACUCUUAAGACUCUCAACCCUGCCAUUAAAACCCUUCUCUCCAUUGGGGGCGCCUCGGCUAACACCACCGUUUUCGGCAACGUCGCCUCCUCUGCCGCCACUCGCUCUGCUUUCAUCCAAUCCGCGAUCGCCCUCGCCCGCACGUACUUCUUUGACGGUCUGGAUAUCGACUGGGAGUACCCAAUUGGCAAGGCCGCCCUUUUCUCGGCACUGGUCACGGAUUUCCGGGCGGCGAUCGAAUCCGAAGCCGUUUCCUCUGGAAAACCCAAGCUCCUGCUUACUGCGGCGGUUGCUCCCGAUGAGGCGAGAAUCAUCCAAUCCUACAACGUGACGACGGUUAACAAGAUGCUGGACUUUGUUAAUAUCAUGACUUACGAUUUGCACGGGUCGUGGGAGGCAAAGACCGGCAUGCACACUGCUCUGCAGGACCUGAGCUCGAAGCUGAGCGUCAAUGCUUCCAUGGAUGCCUGGGUGUCUCGAGGCUUGGCCCGAAGCAAGGCCAUGGAGGCUGGUAUCCUCUUCUACAAGGAGAUCUAUCAGCUGGUAACCACUGGUGGUUACACGGCUACAUCCCACACCCCAUCCUCAUGCAUGUAUGCGUGGAAGGGUAACCAGUGGGUUGGUUAUGACAACCCUUCCACCAUCACCAAGAAGGUCCAGUUUGCCAAGACGCAAGGCUAUGGAGGGUGGUUCGUCUGGGCACUGAGCCAGGAUGUUAACAAUGCUCUGCUCAAUGCUGCAAUAGCUGCAUGA